CCUGCUUCCGGAAGUCUCACAAACAAUGUUCGGAAUGUGAAAUUAUGAAUACACAGUAGUGUAUUAUUUUCUCAUUUUGUGAACACUGAACUCCUGAGUGAAUGAUGACGUAGUGGGAAAGAAUGGCAGGUGCAAGAAUAAAAACUCGUGCUGAAAUCCCAGGAGCCAGUUAUGUGUCCAGCGCUAUCCUGGCGGCGCGUGUGGAGAGUGUUUCCCACAACACAGCCACUCUGUUUAAUCUAAUCAAACCUGUGCCUGGUGACUCACAAAGAUUCCAGUCCAAUGAAGGCAUUGUCAAUGUGGUCCCCAGGGGAAGAAUAUAUCGCUUGGAAACAUUGAGUGAAUUGGAUACGUUUAAGGUGGAGCUACUGCGACGACCGACAGUGCUGCAGUGUCAGUUCAGGACUGGUACAGGGAUGGCUGGCUGCCCUUACUUCCCAGCUUUUGACUGUAGACUUGGGACAACAGAAAGUGAUUGGCUGAUCAUGCUGAAUCAGUUACAUCCAAAGAUUCUCAGUCGUUAUCAGAUGGGCAUUGAUAUGAUUCGCAAAGCCAUGGUUCAUGAAGUACCCUGUGUCCUGCAAUUUAAUUUCAACGAGCGUCUGCGGGACUUGAUGGUGUCUCUGGUCGGACCCUCAGCAGAGAAUCAUUCGUAUUUUAACUGUGAUUUUGCGGAGAUGUUGGUGAUAUACAGCGGGAAGUCAUCACGAGUGUCGGACCCCAAAAAUAUCGCUAAAAGUCGGGAGAUAAUGUUCAACUUUGAUGAUAUCUCCAAUAAUGAUGUGCUACUGCAGACAGCUGAGAAAGGGGCAGAGAUUCAAAUAGGAUCGCCACAAACAGAAGGAGAUCUGAAGCGAUAUUUACGAGGCUGGGAAUUCUCACUGAGUGAAGACCCCUCUUUGGAGCCUCGCAGUCGCUACAGCUACGCCACAGCUGGCCGCAUGUUUUAUGACCUUCAGCGAACAGAUGACAUAGCCGAGAGCGAGAUGUAACCCCCUCAGGAAUGGUUGAAACCAACAACAGUCAAAGUAUCUAAAUCUUCUUAUGUCUGGUUAAAUCGUUGAUCUACACAAGUGUCACAUGUUCUUCACAUGCUGAUGUGACUUUGUCACAUUCUCAGAGCUGUUUCAUAACCUGUUUCUGAUGCAUCCUAUUACUCUAAAUCGACUUAAGCCUGUAAAUUCUUAAUUUUCCUCUGUCUUAAUUUCUUAAUUUGCUUCUUUUUUUUAUUUUGGUAUCACCUACAUGUACAUGUAUGUACUGACAUGUGUAGUAUGCAUUGCGCGUCUUUUUGUGCCGCAACCAGACUUACCUACCCUGUCCUUGGAAAAUGCAGGGAUGUUAAAUUUCAAUUAUUUUAUUAUUAAGAUUGAAAGUCACAAUUUUCAUGUGAUGGUGAUGGUCCAGGCACUUUUGCUCCUCCAAGCUGCUGUGUUAAUUAUUAUUGUGUCAUCAAAUCCUCAUACUUAUGAUUUGUAAUGACCACUGAUGUUAUGGAGGUGAAUUUGAAAAAAAAAAAGCAAUUUGUACAGAUGGAUAAUUACCAAUACAGUACAUCAUCCUUAUAAUAUUCAUUCUGAAAUGCUUCUUAAGUUUCAAUAUUGAGUCUCUACGCAUCAAUUCUAACAGUAAUAUUGAACUUUGUAUUUUAGCCUUGCAGAAAGUAAAUUUUGGCACCAAUUAUAUUACUGUAAACUCUAUGCAUUCUGUAUACAUUUAUUGUUAAACUGUUAUUAAAUAGUUUUCCCUAGUGUAGUCAUAAUGAUGAUAAUAUAUAAACUGCCGGUACUAAUCUUCAUUUUUAAACGAUGUUAAGCUUUUUUUUUUUUUUGAGCUUCAUAUUUUAUCAUUUGUUUUGGCUCAGGCAUCGAGGUUUGCAAAGUGAAAGCAGCCUAUCUCACUUCUAUGAAUAUGAGUAAUAUUAACAUUUGCAAGCCAGGUGGAAAAGCAGAAACGAUGAGGACAUCCUUGUAUAUGAACAGAAACCUUAACAAAUUGGGUCAGAAUUCAGAGGUCAGAAUUUUUAAUUCCAGUUUAAUGUCUUAAUGCUCCUAAAUUUCAGUUCCAGAAGCCUUGUUGUCCCCACCACAUAGAACCUUAGGGAUCAAAUUGCAGCCCCUGAAGAUGAUAGGCUUCUGUGACAAAAUUUCGCGUUUCAACCCCUGUCUUUAUACUGUGGAAUUAAUGAUGUUUUGAAGCCUGUGCUUCACCGAUCAGACGCUGACUUUAUUGAUCUUGAGCAUGACAUUGAAAUGUUGAUUAUCGCAGACAAAGAUGGUAAAGAAGCCAUACCUCAGUUACACAAAGCCAUGGAUGAUAAUUUAGAAGUAAUAAUAUGUUUUCCCGUGAAGAUUUAAAUAGUCAUGACCUAGUUUUUGACUGACAUUAUCAUUGAGACAGUGUUUUGCCAUGGUGAGUGGGUUAACUGUUACAGACCACUGGGUUUGGACUAAACUGGAAGUGUGGGGGAGCAAGUUGGGCACAUUCGCACCAUGGCUAGUACCUUUAGCCAACAGUGCCAUUAAAUUCCUGCCAAGUCAAUUUAAAAAGGAUCAUCUUUAAAAUACUGAUUUCAUAAUCAACAAAAAAUGUAAAAAAAAAAGAAAAAAAAUGUAUUUGAAUGGUAAGAGCAUGUGUAAUAAAGCAACUGUACAGUUUGAUAUCAUUGGUACAGGCAGUACCACAUAACAAUCAUAGGGCAUAGGCAGCUAACACUAGAUGAAUUUUAUUCAUAGCUUUUUGUGGUGCUUUUCAAAUUCAGUAGAUGAUCAAGGGAAGAAUGUUAUGACCGUAUACAGGUAGUGACUUCAUCAUUAGAUACAUUUGUAAACAUGUAUGUAAAAACAAAAGAAGUUAUUCAUAUACAGGCUAAAAAUUUAUAGGCAUAUAUUUAUAUAUGUUUCCAAUAUAUUGGUUCUUUUUCAAUAUUCUAAUUUUAUAAUAUCUUAAGAGUUAAGGUCGGGUGCAAAUAAAAUAUUUUCUGGGGAGACAAAAAUUAGUAUGUCUGUUUAUAAUCACAAAGUCAGAGUGUAAGACAUCUUUCAGGUAUGAGCAAAAUCUUUGUGUAGGUGUCAGCAGCUGGCUCAGAAUACAGUUAUACAUUUCUACAAAUCUAUUCAAUUUAUUUUUCAGUUGGGUAAAUGUUUAGAUGAUUUUGAGUAGAGUUUUCCUGUUUAGAAAGAAAAGAAAUCCUCAAGAAGCAUAGCACAUUUGUUUUAUAUCUGCAUAUCUCUGCCUUUCUGUAAGAUAACAAUUUUAUGGCCCCAAAACAUGUACUUUAUUAGGUGCGGAUUUAUUUAUUUUUUUAUGGCAUGGCUGGUUAAUGUGAUCUUCCUGUAUUUUUAGCUCUUGUGUAAAUGUGGCUUUUACUUGGGUAGAAUUCUGCUCAAUUUAUGUAAUUUUAAGGGUUUCCACACUUUUGAACAUUUUUUUUUUUUUUUUGUUUUUGGACAUUGUUUACUACUGUCUCUUCCAUCUUGGACAUUUAUAAGUCUUAAUGGCUCUUCAUUUUUUACGCAAAUACUGCUACACUUAUCACCAAAUGUAUUCCCAGUAAUAUGAUAAGACAUGUUAUUUACUGGCCAUUUGGAUGAAAGGGAAAAUGACUUUCUUGCAUUUGUCUAUACUUUGUCAUUGUCAACAUUAAUCAUUAGGCAAAUGGAUACCAUUUUGAUGGGAUUGGUGAGUAGUUUGUUUAUUAAACCCUUUUUACCUCCAGAUCCAGUCAGUGUGAUAGAUUGUUGGGGAAAUGUUCCUAUAUCGUGUUGAACAACAUUCCAUCCAGUAAACCAGGCUUUUUUAAGUGAUGUUUUUUCACCAUUCGGGCGUUGUAGAUGUGAUCAAAUUUCAAGAAGAUUUACGUGUUCAUUUCAGAAUCUUUAAAGAAAAACUGUCCAAUUUUUAUACUUAAAAAGCAUGGCAUUUCCACAAAAGUCUGUGGUAUUUUUGGAAUUUGUAGAAAAUCUUUACCACAUCAUUGUUGUCAGCUUUGGAAUGGACUAUGUUGUGACAACAAGGAAAAAAUGUACACAAAAUUAAGUGCUCAAAUUUGACCAAUGUGGACUGGUGUGAUUUUAUACAAUAAUGUUUUUUGAAACUUGAGAACAUGUAGUCUAAUGUAUGGAAUUAAAUGAGUUAGUUAACACAUUCUUAUGUUUGCAUCUUGUACUGGAAUUCCUACAUGACCAAACUGCGAAGAGAGAGUAAAGAGAUCAACUUCUCAAAUAUUGAUGUUCUUGAAAGACGUGCUACGGUCAACAUUUCCAGUUCUUGAAGAAAUACUUAGGAGGUAUAGUGCCUGAAGACAGAGUAGCGUUUUAAGGUGAGAUGUGCCUUAAAUACACAUAUGUUGUAUACAGUGUACAAGUAGGCCAGAUGUACAGCCUUAAAUACACAUACGUUGUAUACAGUGUCCAUGUAGGCCAGAUGUACAGCCUUAAAUACACAUACGUUGUAUACAGUGUACCUGUAGGCCAGAUGUACAGUCUUAAAUACACAUACGUUGUAUACAGUGUCCAUGUAGGCCAGAUGUACAGCCUUAAAUACACGUAUGUUGUAUACAGUGUACCUGUAGGCCAGAUGUACUGUAGGCCUUAAAUACACAUACGUUGUAUACAGUGUCCAUGUAGGCCAGAUGUACAGCCUUAAAUACACAUGUUGUAUACAGUGUACAUGUAGGCCAGAUGUACAGCCUUAAAUACACAUACGUUGUAUACAGUGUCCAUGUAGGCCAGAUGUACAGCCUUAAAUACACAUACCUUGUAUACAGUGUACCUGUAGGCCAGAUGUACAGCCUUAAACACACGUAUGUUGUAUACAGUGUACCUGUAGGCCAGAUGUACAGCCUUAAAUACACAUACGUAGUGUACAUGUAGGCCAGAUGUACAGUUUCUUUAUGUGUCAUAUAUCGUCAGGGAUUUCAAGGGCUGCCAACAAAAUGUAAUGGAACGCGCAAAAACAUACAUGUACCACACACCACACGAUGGGCCUUGUACAUGCAUGUAUUUGUGAGACCAUUAAAUAAGGCUUUCCUUACCUCCUUUGACUAAAGAUUGACCUGGUGAUUGUAGUUAUAUUUGAUUGUAAAAAAUUUUUCAUUUUGCUGGUAAUUUAUCAGGGAAAAUAUCACCUGUAUAUAUAUCUUUCCAAGGUUAUUUUGAGAUGAACUGAUUGUAUCAUUUAUUGUAGAAGUCAUGCUUUAAUAAAUUUGCUGUAGCUUUUUCACGCAUAAAUGUAUAGGCCUACAUGUAUAUACAGUAUUUCUAUAUAUAUUAUUAUAUGUAUAUAUAUAUAUAUACAUAUCAUUUUGUCAACUAUCAGCCAGGUUUUAUACAGUGAAUACAUUUUGUUUCCAGUGGUUUUCCAAGGCCUUAUAAGAAAUAGCUUUUUUCCCCUCACCAUCAUUCUUGACUAUCUGGAUCAUGUGUAUUUUUUUUUUUAUAUAUUUUUUAAUUUUCAAGUUUUUGCAGAUAAAACCAUUUUCAGUGGGGUUUUUUUUGACUGGAACAGACUGAGUUCAGCUUCACUCAGGUGUUUUAAUAGAUGACAAGAGAUAGAUUUUACCAAACUUCUAAAAUGUACGCUCAACACAUAACACAUUUCUUGUUCUUUCUUUAUUUUUAAGUGCUGUUAAAUAAUAAAAUUUUUCAGAAAAUGCCCAGAUUUUGCAUGUGGAAAAUGAUGGGAAAUAAGUCAUUGGUUUAUGUGGCCUUAAAGGGAUAGAGAAUCAUUGCUGAUUGGCUGGUGUGAGAGGUUGGCAAGUCCAGACUGUGCCUCAAGCUGAAUUUGAGGUACGGUACAUUUGUUCAAGCGUAACCAAGGCUGCAAGGUUCAACCCAGGAAACCCUGUCUCCACUGCCCACCAAUCAGCAUCGAUUCUGUAUCCCUUUGAAGUUAGGAAUAUUGAUAACUGAAAUAUAAAGCUUUCAUUGAUAUACAUGUAUCCUAGGGUUGUGGUUUUGUCAAAAUGUGAUUCUCAUUGUUUCUGUACCAUACUGAUCGUUAUAAAGUUUGAAAUCAUAUAUUUUACUUGUUAUUUUGGCUGUCCAUGUUUUAAAGGUAAUUCUUAUGGUUUUGCAAGCAUAUUUUAGUCACGCUCCAUUGAUUCGUUCAUGUAUAUGAUUUGACAAAUGAUGGCCAUUCAGAGAUAUACAAUAAACAGUUUUCUAUUUUU